AUGACCAGCUCAGAAACCUUGCAAAAGCCUGGGAGAUUGUGUCUAGUAAAGUAUACUGAUGAUCACUGGUACAGGGGAGUAAUUAUGAAAACAGAACCCAAUACAGAAGUCGUCUUUGUGGAUUUUGGGAACACAGAGACAACAGAGAAAGAUCUUCUGCUUCCUUUACCCAGUGAUGCUUGGGAUAUCUUGCUUUUGCCAAUGCAGGCCAUAAAGAGUUCCUUAUCAGAUAUAUCUAGUGUUCCCAAAGAAGCUACAACGUGGUUUAAGGAAACUGUCCUAGAAAGGCAACUUAAAGCAAUAGUAGUAGCAAAGGAAUCUGAUGGUAAACUGUUGAUUGAGUUGUUUGAUGGUAAUACUCAAAUUAAUGCAAAACUGAAGGAGUUAAGCUUAAACAAUACAGGCCUGUGUAAACAUGUAGAAGAUGAAGCUUUGUGCUCUAGAAAUACAGAGGUGAAUGUGACUGCAGAGUUACCUUUGAAUGCAGGUAGACCUCUUGAAAGAGAAAAAGGCAUGUCUGAAGCCCAGGGAGAAGUGGGGAGUAGCAAAGGAUACUCCAAAGAAGAUGUAAACCUUUUCCUGCCUGCUACAGCAGGAGAUCUGGCAGCUGGGUUAAUAGAAUCUGAUGAAAUGCUUAGCAGCAAGAAGGAUGCUUUUUUGUUAAAUAAAGCAAGGGAGGAGUCUCUGCUCUCUGACCAGAUGGAUAGUCAGGCAGAUACUAAAUCUGAUGCUGAAGGCGGGUGUGUAACACCUGAAGUAUUUGAUCUACCACAACAGAAGAUAGUGCCAGCUCUUAAAGCAUUAGUGUACGUGUCUCAUGCAAAUGAUCCGUCGGAUUUUUAUGUUCAGCUAGAAAGUGAUGAGGCUCAGCUUAACAACAUUUCGGAAAGCUUAAAUGAUAGGAAGCAAGCUAGGAACCCUUGUGACCAACUCUUGCAAGCAGGAGACUUAAUCAGCGCUGUUUAUUCAGUAGACGGCCUGUGGUAUCGAGCUGUUGUCAAAGAGAAGACUUCUGACAAUUUGAUAAGUAUACAGUAUAUCGACUACGGUAACCCUUCAGUAAUUAAUGUUGAUCAAGCACACAGACUCCCUGAAGACUUGUCAUCUAUUCCAGCGAUAAGCAUUCACUGCUUCCUAAGUGGACUGAAACGCGGAAAAAACACAGACUGGAAGGAGGAAGCAGUGCUUUACUUCAUCAGGAGAACGAGUGAUGUUCUGCUGGCGUGUGAGUUUGUAGAGAAGGUUGAGGAUAAAUGGUAAGUUAUUCUCAGUGACCAUCAAGGUAUAAUAGCAGCGGGUUUAGCUGAUGAAGAUCUUGCAAGUAGGGGAAGAUCUUACUCAAUGGAAACGCUUCAUAGAGGAGACAACAGUGACUUGGUAGCUGUGUGCGAGCCUUUGCCUCCUCAGGCACAAAACGAAAUUUCCAGUGUAAGUGAUUGUCAGUCAUUUAUCUGGAAGUUUCCAGAGGCAGGUCAGACUGUAAAAAUUUAUGUCAUGGUGGUAAAUGGUCCAGAAUAUUUUUGGAGUCGCAGUGCUGAUACAGAAGACGUGAACUACAUAGAGGAAAAAAUAGAGGAAGCUGAAAACCUUGGACUAAAAUCCUUGAACGAUUGUGGAUCUUGUAUUAAGAGUGGUGAUAUUUGCCUAGCAAAAUACAGUCUAGAUGGGAAGUUCUACAGAGCUCAAGUAAUCAGUGUAAAAGGUGACAACGUAGUUGUUAGGCAUAUGGAUUAUGGAAGUGAGGAAGCUGUUAGCAUGGAGAUGGUCCGACAGAUUCCAUGCGAAUUGCUCGAAGCACCUAAUCAAGCAUUUGCUUGCUGCCUGUCAGGUUUCAGUUCCUUAGAGGGCUCAUGGCUUAGUGAAGCAAAAGAGAGGUUUUCUGUUAUGACUGAAGACCUCUUACUAGAAGCUGUAAUAGAAACUCAGGAAGAUACAGCUUCUGAAGUCCCUCUCUCUGUUGUCAAGCUGGAAGCUUCCGGCAAGAAUAUUAAUGAAGAGAUGAAGCCUUUUUGGAAGGCUCAUGAAGGAACUGGUGACAAUGCUUCCUCAGACCUUGAGAAACCCUUGGAGGAAAAGAGCUUUUCAAACAAUGAUACGGGGCUUUGUCUCGAAAGAGAAACUACUGCUGUUUGUGAAUUAGCUCAAGAAGAAAUGGAAAGUGCUUCACUUUGUUCUGAAACUUUUCUGUGUGCAACUUCUGGGUGGCUAAAUACUGAGGAAGCAAAUGUGUCCGUGGGAUCUGAAUGUAUGCCCGGGAAAGCUGAUGAUGGAUAUGAAAUAGCUGAGUAUCAAAGCAACCUUGAAGACUUACUGCUGUCUGAAGGAAAGAGCAGUAACAAUGCAUUACUAGAACCAAUGAGAAGUUGUAGUCUUCCCAUUUUGGGGAGUGAAAUGAAAGCUGCGGAACAAGAGUUAUCUGAAGUACCGUUUCAAGAGGAUGCUGAGCUGAAAGCAGAACUGACAGGCAGUACUUCAGCAGACAGUCUUUUCCUAGGCCACAAACAAGAACUGCAAGGAUUGCCAGUGCUCCAGGUACAGUCGCCUUUGAGUGAUGAAAUGAGGAUGUUGGCAGAACUGGACCGAUUACAAAUGCACCCUUCGUAUGAUGAUCUAAGAGACUGCAUACUGGAGCUAGAAGCACUUUCAGUGCAGUCCUCCUUUGGUGAAAAAACAAAGGAGGCUCUGGAAACAGAGUCACUUGAAAUGCAUACAGCUGUGGGUGGUGAGGCAAGAGAGGUGGCAUUGGAACAGGAGUUGUUUGAGCUGCCAGUGGUGAGUAAGGAGAUGGGGGAGUUGGCAGCUCUGAAGUUUCUUGAAAUCUUAUCGCUUAAUGAGGGAGAGAAGUUGGUGCCUACAGAUAGCGAUGGAGAGAAGACAGAGCUGAUUCCAUCUGAUGCUCAGCUUGCUUUGGAAGAGAAUGCAAAGAAACUGGAAUUGAAUUUGUCUGGAUUUAGUAAAGCAGAAGCCGUACUGGAAGAUUGGGUGGAAGUAGAGACCCUUCCCUCAAGGCUGUCAUCUUUUGGUGGUAGACCCGAGAAACAACUGGACCUGAAGACCCACGACAUGCUGUCGGUGCUGGGUGCAGAAAUUGA